UGAGACACCCCCAUCAGUCACACUACACCCCCACUAUCCUCUCUUCUCUUGUGUCCCUAUCUCUGUUUUUUGUUUUGUAGUCCUCCAGAAUUAUUCUCUCCAAAUAAAAAUCUAAGUCAUUGAAGCAAAAAUAUGCACAUACACAAAUUCACUUCUUAAUGUGCCUUGUCUCUGGGUAUUUUUCUUAUCCAUUAAAUGGCUGAAAAACAAAUAUCUCAAGAAAAUGAUGAAGUUGGCCGUAAGAAGGAAUACAAUGGAGCAAUUAGUAGACAAGAAGUUGAAGCUGCCAUUGCUAAAGCUGUAGAGCUAAGAGCUACUCAUGCAUCUUUAUUACAGGGCAUUAAUAAUAGCCCUGCUAAUCUCAUGAAGUGUCCUAAUUCUUCUUCUUCCCCUGCUAACCUCUUCUCUGCCCAAGAUUAUCCUAUUUUCACACCAAGUUAUGAAGCAGCUCCAUUACCUGGAUCCAAACAACUACUCCAGGACACUCGAGACUACACUGACCUUUGGGAUGAUUAUGGCCUUGGAGGAGUAGGAAAUUGUGAUGAAGCCAGUUUCUCGAAUUACACAAAGGCGAAUUCCUCCUUAAGGAAAGGAGGAAUUUCACCCCAUAUCUGUCCAGCUGAUGAUCAGAGAUCGGUCACCAGCUCUUGUGCUGGUCAAACUCAAAUCACUCUGCUCAGAACAACCUCUCCUGGUGGUGAUUACUCUAUCUCUAGAAGAAACUCUAUGGGAGACUUGAGAUCAUUUUCAUCUUGCAAUAGGUGUAAACCUGCUAUAGUAAGUACUCGGAGCUCUAAUGUAAUCGUGCCAUUGACAGAUUCACACUCUUUAAAUCAAUUGCACCCAAAGAGUAAAGGGAUGAACUUGUCAUGGUUGUUCCCUAAGCUAAAGAAGAAAAACAAGAAUGAAAAUUCAUGGAGAGAAUUCGAGGAUAUUUCUUCUGUCGAAACAUUGAAGAAAGAGCUUGUGGAAGCGAAGGAGAGAAGAGAGUCAGCCCUGAUGGAAGCCGCAGAAAUGAAGUCUUCUUUAGGAGAGUUAAAGCAAAAAUUGGAGUACUUAGAAACUUACUGUGAGGAGCUCAAGAAAGCCUUGAAACAAGCAAAUGUUCAAGCAAAAGAUAAUUCACUAGUAUUCAACAAGCUUAUAGACCUUCCAAGAGGAGAAAACACGAUUCCUGUUAGUGAAGAGGUAAUGGUUGAAGGGUUUUUGCAGAUAGUAUCAGAAUCAAGACUAUCAGUGAAGCAAUUUUGUAAGACUCUUAUUGCACAGGUUGAAGAGACGGAUAACUCUUUAACCGAUAACUUAAACCUUCUACUUCAACCUUACAAGCUUUCUCUUAAUUCGAAGCUCUCAAAGGCGGUGUUAUACCAUGUGGAAGCCAUCAUAAACCAGUCACUCUUCCAAGAUUUCGAGAACGUUGUGUUCCAAAAGAACGGCGCUCCAAAGCACUUGGACCCUCAACAAGAUUGCAACGAUCAGUUCUCGUCCUUUGUCUCGUUGAGGAACCUAAGCUGGAAUGAAGUGCUAAGAAAGGGGACAAAGUAUUAUAGUGAAGAUUUCAGCAAAUUUUGUGAUCAGAAGAUGUGUUGCAUCAUCACAACACUUAACUGGAGAAGGCCAUGGCCAGAGCAACUCCUGCAGGCAUUCUUUGUUGCUACUAAGUGCAUUUGGUUGCUGCAUUUGCUCGCCUUUUCGUUCGACCCUCCCCUUGGGAUUCUCAGGGUUGAAGAGAAUACAACUUUUGAUAAUAAUUACAUGGAGGAUGUAUUUGCAGAUAAGCAAAAAACACAAGGUUUGGUUAAGAUCAUGGUAAUGCCUGGUUUCUAUGUGCGUGAUAAAGUACAUAGGUGUAAGGUAAUUUGUAGGCAUAAAUCUGCAACCUAAAUUACUAAUUAGGAUCUCUUUCUUAAUUCUUUUUUAUCUAACUUGUAAUGUUGAUCUCAUGCUAAUCAUUUGCUUGAACAGAUUAUCUAAUAUACUUCUAUGAAACAAUUACUUAUUAUCCAAUUCU